AUGGCGGACUUGCAGCGGGUCGUAACAGCUGCGAUGCGCGAGGAGAGGGCCUUUCAGGCGAACCAGCGGUACCCACGUGCGUCUGCCGCUCCUCCUCCUGUUGUACCUCCUGCAGCUGCACCUCCGGCAGUUGCCCCUCGUCCUCCUGCUCUCCCUGCUCCUUAUCCGUCUCUUCUGCCCGUGGCUCCUCCUCCUCCUGCUGCUGCGCUAUCUCAGCAGACUCUGGUGUAUGGUCACGCGGCUCUCUCCCAGGGUGUUCCUCUGGAUGGCCCCCCUCGGGACGAGUGCUUGGAUGCCGCUGAUCGGCUGGGCGAGCUCCUGGCGCCCGUGUUGGCUGCGCCCGCGCAGGGUGGUGUUGCGGGCGUUGGACAGCUUGGGACGGCAGUCCGUGGUCUGCGCCGGUUCUUGCGCGCAGGGACUGUAGUCGACUUGAUCGGCGCAACCACAGUGGUGGUGCGCGAGCUUCAUCGUUCUCUGACGGGUCUUCUCGCCGUCCUUGACGCGGAUCAGAUGUAG